GAGCCCAAAAGUGCACAUCCUCCCUACAUUUCACCAUCGCUUCUCCAGCCCAGCAGCUCAUCAUCUCUCUUGCGUAACAACCUUUCAAAGCGCAACAGCACCAAACAACAAAAGAAAAAGCGCAAGGAAAAAAAAGAAGACAAGGAAGCGAAGGCAAAUGAGAAACAUUCACAGGAUAGGAUGAGGAAGCAAGAGAAAGACAGACAAAUCAGCUCUGCAGCAAGAAUUGUUAAAACCUUUCCCUUCAAGUACGCAAAAAAAUUCAUUGACAUGGAUUUGAAAAAUAACAGUUCAGCAUUGAAUAAUGUGAUGUGGAAAAUCUUACUGAAAAUAGUUGGUAUCGCCAGCUUGUGUGCCUGUUCUCCUCUAGUGAAAGUGAAAACGUCUCCUCACGCAAGUUUCUCCAGCUCAUCAGCCACAGUUUACUCAAACGGCUGUUGUGGGCAAAAUGGCAAGCUGUUGGUUCACAAGCAUGAACACAAACACAAGCAUGUUCAUAAGCACUUGAAGGCCGUGAAUAAUAAGAAGCAAAUACCCAUGAAGAAGGAUCAUUUUGACUUUGGGGACUUUCAUUGGCAGGAUUUUGAUUUUAAUGAUUUCCCAUUUGAGCUGAGUUCACUUGGACAUGAGCAGAAGACUGGGAAGAAAAUUACACCAGGAAGUAAGGAGGCAAGCAGCCCAAGUGUUGCCAAUCCUUGGAGUUACAGGGGUAAUAAUCUUGGCUGGAACCUAGGUUAUUUGGGCAGCCAUAGUAGCAGCAGUUACAGCAGCAGCAGCUUCUUGAUUUGUAAAACUUGUGAAAAUGCUGCUUAUGAUCAGUUAUCCAACCGCCACAACAGCACUUCGCGCACUAUGUCACCUAGGUGUCGCUCU